GGGCCCAGUCUCGGGAUGAGCAGGAAGGGUCGCUGGGUGGGCGUCCAAGAGCGGUCGCCCCCGCGCGACACGUACCGAGUGACGCCGCCGCCGUCCCCGCCGCCCUCGCCCCCUCUGUCGCCGGAACCGCCCCCGGCCUCCGCCGCCCCCGCUUCCUCCUCCUCCGUGCCGGUCUCGGUGCCCGGGGGCGGCUUGUUUUCCUGGCUGCGCGGACGGCGGCUGGGCCGGGGCGGCUGCUUCGUGGAGCCGGCCAGGGACACGUUCCGGGCCUUGACCGGGCUUUACGGCGCCAUCCAGCCCGUCGACUCGGUGUCGCCUAUCACCCGCACGCACGGAGCCGUCUUCAACCUGGAGUACUCGCCCGGCGGGUCAGUGCUGACUGUCGCUUGUGAGCAAACAGAAGUCCUGCUUUUUGAUCCCAUAUCUUCAAAGCACAUCAAAACACUCUCAGAUGCUCAUGAGGAUUGUGUAAAUAAUAUCAGGUUUCUCGAUAACAGACUGUUUGCCACUUGCUCUGAUGAUACUACAAUCGCACUUUGGGAUCUGAGGAAGCUAGAUGCCAAAGUGUGCACUUUGCAUGGUCACACCAGCUGGGUCAAGAAUAUCGAAUACGACACGAAUACAAGGUUGCUUGUAACUUCGGGGUUUGAUGGAAAUGUUAUCAUUUGGGAAACUGAUAGGUGCACUGAAGAUGGCUGUCCUCACAAGAAGUUCUUUCACACCCGAUUUCUCAUGCGUAUGAGGUUGACACCAGAUUGUUCCAAAAUGCUGAUCUCAACCUCUUCCGGCUAUCUUCUGAUUUUGCACGACCUUGACCUAACCAAAUCUUUAGAGGUGGUCAGCUAUCCGAUUUUGAGAGCCAGGAGAACUGCAUCCAGUUCAGAUCUGGCGUCUUCCACCUCUUCUGGACCAAGAAGUGCUGGAUCUCCCUGUCAACAGAGUGACUUAAGCCCGCUAUCAGAGAAACACAUGGUACGAGCCACCCAGCGAGAAGGUGGAUCACCACGCAAUAGCCUUGAGGUUUUAACCCCAGAAGUUCCUGGUGAGAGAGAUCGGGGGAACUGCAUUACAUCUCUGCAGCUCCAUCCCAAAGGAUGGGCGACGCUUCUUCGGUGCUCAAGUAACACAGAUGACCAGGAGUGGACAUGCGUCUAUGAGUUCCAGGAAGGCACACCUGUGCGGCCAGUAUCUCCUCGCUGUUCCCUUCGACUGACUCACUGCAUCGAAGAAGCCAACGUUGGCCGGGGUUACAUCAAAGAACUGUGUUUCAGUCCCGAUGGCCGGAUGAUCUCCUCCCCACACGGCUAUGGGAUCCGCUUGCUGGGUUUUGACACCCAGUGCAGCGAACUGGUUGACUGCUUGCCCAAAGAAGCGGCCCCAUUGCAAGAGAUCCGCUCGCUUUACUCUCACAAAGAUGUGGUCCUGACCACCAAGUUCUCUCCGACGCACUGUCAGAUCGCCUCUGGGUGCCUUAGUGGUCUCGUUUCUUUGUAUCAGCCAAAGUUCUAGGCACCUCUUGCCUCGAAAGGAACAUCCAAUGUUUUGGGUUUUUAAAAAUUAACUUCAGUUUAGUUUAGUUGGAGUGUUCUUUUUUAAAAAUAAAAAUAAAAAUCCUGUAAAUUUUGGACAAGUUCAGAGUUUCUCAGAUCGGUGGACUGAACAGCGACACGAGCUUGGUCCAGCCCUUGGGAGUGCGUGCCUGUCUUAUCGAUUUCUGUAAUGGAGCAUCAGAGUUUUUCUGCGCUUUCUUCGUCUCUGCCCUUUCUGGUCCUGUUGUUUGGAUAUGGCACAGCGACACCUGCAAGUCUUGUCUUUCCACGUGACUGUCAGAUGGGCUUGAGCGGAGGGAAAACGCUCAGUUAAAAAUACAUUUGCUUCUUUGUCUCAAAGGAAUUGGACUUCAGUCCCUUGGCCUCUUCAAUUUUUUCUGGAUUUUAUGAUGGUUUUAUUAUUUCCUACUCUUUCUAGGUAAAGGUGAACUUUUUCUCUUACACUUUAGACUAGCCACCGCCAGCGAGCGUAUAACUUUCUUGGUGAACACUGACACUACCUUUUCUGUAUUGUUUUGCUGUAGUUCAAUCUGUUGGCUGGUGUGUUUUUAAAAAUUACAUAUGACUUAUGCUCUCGCUCUCUCUCCCCCCCUCUCUCGUCUAAAACCCAGGUGGGAAGCACGGCUGCCUUUUCUGGGUUCGUUAGAAGAAGAAAAAAGUUUAUCAAGGUGAAUAGCUUAAUAUUUUGUCUUCACGAGUCCUGUAAAAUAGCACCUUCUAGAGCGUAGAAGGAAGCCAUUUUGUUGCUCACUCUUUGUACCCAAAAUUCUGAGGAUGCAAAUCUGUUGCACCAACCUCAUUUAAAUCAAAGCAAGGAGGGGAGCAAGAAUUCUUGGCGCACUUCACGUUGAUAUAAAUGACAUUUGCAUGGUAGAACUUCCUGCCAGAUUGUGCCCAGUCUUCUGAUGGGUUGUGAAAGGGUGAGGUUGAAUAAAACCUUUGAAAACCUCCA